AUGGAUGCCCCGUCUUGUUCUAAACGGCCAAGCAAGAAUGCAGUGACUUAUUUCAAAAGUGCAUGGAAAGAAGAAUUUCUUUUCAUUGCGGACGGUGAUCUUGUGAAGUGUUUGGUGUGCCACAAACAAUUAAAUCAAGUGAAAAGGUACAAUGUGGAGAGACAUUAUACCGUGUAUCACGAAAUCGAAUAUAUGUCGUAUACACCUGAGCAGAGACGAGAAAAAAUAGAAGCUCUAAAAGCUCAAAUGUCAAGUAAUGAUGAUGAAGCUGACGACGAACUUUCUAUAAUGGACGAAAAUGUGCUGGAAGUGAGCUACAAAAUAGCUUACGAAAUUGGAAGGACGACUCUCCCGUUCACAGUUGGGGAAAUUAUAAAAAACAGCAUGGCGAUAGCUGCACACCACCUGUUCCCCAGCGAAAUAAAGAAAGUAGAAGCCAUCAGCUUAUCGAGGUCCACAAUUUCCCGUCGUAUACGGGAAAUUGCAGAAAACAUGAUGGAGCAAUUGAGUGAAUGUUCGAAGAAGUUUGUGGCGUAUUCUUUAGCUCUCGAUGAAAGCACCGAUAUUUCAGGCACACCAAAAUUGUCCAUUUUUAUUCGCGGGGUGGACAUUCAUAUGAAUAUUGUUGAAGAAUUGUUAGACUUCUGCGAUAUGAAAGGAACGAAAGGAGAAGACAUCAUGGCAUGCGUGGAACAAUCAAUUAACGACCACGAUUUAGACUGGCACAAUUUGGUGUCAGUAGCAACUGAUGGAGCACCAUCAAUGAUAGGGAGAAAUAUAGGUUUCGUAGGUCGACUGAGGCAAAAAUUACAAAAUUUACCAAUUCCUCACAAUAUCAUUGCGGUGCAUUGUAUAGUGCAUAAAGAAAAUUUAUCCGCGAAAACGAUUAAGUUUGAGUCUGUAAUGACCGUUGUAGUGCAAACUAUUAACUACAUUCGUAAUCACGGGUUGAAACGAGUCCAGUUUAAAACAUUCCUGCAGGAAUUAGAUUCCGAAUAUGGUGAGCUGCCAUAUUUUACUGAAGUACGGUGGCUUAGUAGAGGAAAAGCUUUAGAUAGAUUUUUUAAACUUAGGGAUGAAAUAAAAAAUUUUAUGCAAACGGCAGGGAAACCGAUUCCUCAAUUAGAAGAUAAUAAUUGGUUAGAAAACUUGGCGUUUCUUUCGGACCUCAUUGACCACUUAAACAUAUUAAAUGUCAGGCUACAAGGCAAAAAGAAGACAAUAAUUGAUUUAUUUGAUGCUAUACGGGCUUUCAAGAUGAAGUUAGAUCUUUGGGAAAAAGAUUUACAAUCUGGGAAUACAACCCAUUUUCCGAAAUUACAAUCAGUAUGUACUGCUAGUACUUACGAACAUUAUCCGACCGUACUUCGUGAGCUUUACGACGAAUUUACAGACAGAUUUCGCGAUAUUUUAACGAUGGAAAAUGAUUUUGACUUAAUAUCUUCUCCAUUUUCAGUUAAUUACGAGAACGUAUCCCCACAUUUGCGAACGGAGUUAAUAGAUUUAAGAUGCGACAGAGUUCUAAAAUUUCAAUACGAGAAAAAUUUGCACAAUUUAAUAGAUUUUUACAAGGUUUUACCACGAGAUCAAUAUCCGCAAUUACAUACAACUGCCGCAAAAAUUUUAUUCGAUGAAUGUAAAGCAUGCGGGAAGAAAUUGGCUACGGCUAGAGAAGUCGCUGGAUACGAUCCAUUGGGUAUAACGAAGACCAUGGACAAAUACCGCCACAAGAAGAGACCUUUGUCCGUAGAGGAUAUGGAUAUACAAUGGCUCACCAAAGUAUUCGAACCCUUAAAUUACAACUUUUAA